AAAAUAUUAAAAAGAAAAGCAGUGUACGUCAUUACAGUAAAGGGAAGAAAAGGAGAUCAAUAAAGAGUAAAAUCUCUACCAAAUUAAGAAGAAGAAAAGCAACAAUGGCAUUUGAAAGAUCAUGCUUCUUCUUGUUUUUCUUCAUCCUUGCUGUUGGCUUGGCCUCCUCUUCCCCAACCUACAUCUCAUAUGACGUGCUUAAUGUUCACAUGCUAGGGGGUCGUGGUCUUCUUGAAAAUUUUUUAGUGAAGAAUGAUUGUCCCAUUGAUUUCGAGAGAGAAGACUUCUCCCCCCUUACAGGCCAAUGCAAAGGACCUAAUUACAACCCACUGACAUGUUGCAAUGCGUUCAAGCAAGUUGCUUGCAGGUAUGCAAAAGAGUUAAAUGAACUAGAGAAUGGGUGCGCCACGGGCAUGUUUUCCAUCAUCAAUAAACUUUACCCACUUGAACUCUUUGAUAAGAUGUGCAAAGAAGAUAAAGAGGGUUUGGCCUGUCGCCCCACUACUGGUCCAGCUAGAAACAAACAAACGGGCAAUGCUGCUGCAAAAUCAAGAGGCAGAAAUUAAAUUAGGCAAGAAAAAAAUUUGCUUGGAUUGAUUAAAAAUCAAAAAGUCUUAUACUUACAUUGUGAUAUUGGUUUGUAAUAACCUCUCAUUCAUUUUAAUUCAACAUGGCGUGUUCGGUUGAAAAUUUAGUAUCGCAUUUUGUGAUGCGAAUUUUGUACUAAUGAUGAUGAGUAUUUUCAGAUGUUCUGUGAGACUAGUAUGAAUAAGAUAAUACAUUUUCUUUCAAUUAA